GUGCAUGAUAAAUUAUGGCCUGCAAUAACUUCCAACGAUUUUACCGAUGAUGAAGUAUGGUAUGAUGUAUAUGCAGAGGUUUUAACCAAUAGUGUUGUCAUGUUGGAGUUUAUGUACGCCAAUUUUAGCGAUGAUGUAAUGGAAUCUACUUCAAAAGUUUGUGAGUUGAUGGACGAGUCUGUCGACGGAUUAAUACUUUUAGUUGACUGUAGGACAGCCAUGGUAUUAGACAAGCAGAAGAUAUUCCGUACCAUCCCGGGUGUUGUAGUGAUUCGUGACUUCUGUCACGUGACUAGCAGUUAUAUGAUUCAGCUACGACCAGACUGUAUUUACAGUAAUACACUGUUAGCUGACAUUGCUGCGUAUAAGCUUUGGCGCCAUGUUCUUCUUUAUCAUGAUCAUAAUUACAAUUCAGCGUGCCUCACAGAUCUAAUAAGACAAUUGUCUUUGAAACCAGUGUCCACCAGGAUGAUCAAAACUGAUAAUUACCAAAGUCCUGAACAGUACAUAAGGUUUUUAUUUAAAUACAAACCAGAUGGAGUUUUCGUGAUUAUCUCUCCUGAGAAGCUAGAGCAUAUCUUAUUACAAGCCAAAACAGAGGAUGUUUUAUAUUUUCCUUGGAUUCUAUUGUCAGCAGAUCAACAAGUGGUACAACUUAAUGGUGUUGAUAAUAGUAGAAGUAACAUAAUCUUAUUGAAACAACAAUCUGCAGGAUCAAAUCUCGGAACAUGUAGAAAUGACUUUUCUGCAGAAAUGGAGUUGAAAAACUAUCUAUCAGAUGCCAAAUCAAAGAUGUUGGAAAUAUUUUCAUCCGUUGUAACAAAGUACAAUAUUACGUCAUUAGAGCCUGUCGCUUGCUCUAACCCCAAACACAAACAUCUGCCCAACAGGACUGUUGUCAUGGAAACUACCAAGGAGAUUGGUCACAUUAGAAACAGUAAAUAUCAAAUCUGUAGCAUCGACAAUGGCUUGAUAAACAAAUGGAAACACAUGGGAAGUUGGUCAAAAGGGGGAGGAAUAUCGUUAGAGCAUAAUAAACUCUUUCGAAAUGACUUUGUUGACUUUAAGAAUAGUACUUUAAAAGUGGCAGCAGUUCCCCUUGAUCCGAUGGUUUUCUUCAAUACAGAUAAAGAUAACAAGACAACAUACAGUGGGCUUUGUAUAGACAUUCUUGAUCAACUGGCCCUGAAAUUUAAUUUUAAUUAUGAAAUCGUGUCUCCUGCUGACAAUGCCUAUGGUAGUGUAGAAGAUGACGGUACAUGGAAUGGUAUGGUUGGUAUGGUUAUGCGUAAAGAAGCGGAUUUUGCUGCCGGUCCUUUCACAAUUACCGCCGCUAGGGAAUCGGUGAUCGAUUUCACAAAAACCUACAUGGAAGAGGGUGUGGGUAUUCUGACACUGAGGCCACAGGAAGAGGCUAAUAAAGAGUACAAAAUGUUCAAACCAUUGUCUGUUAUUGUCUGGAUACUGAUUGGUGUUGCUAUAGUUGUGAUUGGCGUGUUCAUGUUCGUGAUCAACAGAUAUAGUCCUUGUUCUACAGCGAUAGAGGAACACCAACACUAUCUAGAGACAGGAAAAUUGUCUAGUUCUAUGUGGCUAAUAUAUGGAGCUUUUGUAGAACAAGGAGGAGACGCGCAGCCUAGAUCCUUGUCAGGCAGGGUUAUGUUAAGUUUCUGGUGGAUCUUUACUAUUUUGAUGUCAGCCACAUAUACAGCAAAUCUUGCUGCCUAUCUUACUGUGACUAUUAUUGAUUCACCAAUCAACAGUCUGGAGGAACUGGCUAGACAUGAAGACAUUCGACCAUUGAUAUUUUCCGGGGCGAAUCUUCAUACUUUGUUUCAGACAGCAAAAACGUCAGUUUACAGACAAAUAUGGUCCAAAAUGGAAGAAAUGCCGAAAGCUAAUCAUUUAGAAACCAUAUUAAGCUAUGUGAGAACAAACGAGUAUGCAUUAUUAUUAGACAACUCCGUUCUGGAAUUUAUCAUGCUCCAAGAUUGUAAAACAUACGCCGUUGCAGAUGAAACAUUCAACAAGGCUGGGUUAGGAUUUGUUCUUCCAGAACAUUCUGAUUAUUUAAAUGCUUUUAACAUAGCAAUCAUGAAGAUGACCGAAGCCGGAUUGAUAGAAAAAUGGCGAGAAAAGUGGUGGCCUAAAUCUGAAUCUGACAGCUGUACUAGUACAGAUAGGUCUGGAUCUGCCCAGUCACUUGGAUUAGAUAGUUUAUUUGGUCUUUUCUAUGUAUACUUUGGUGUUGUCGGUAUUGCUGUUCUUUCUUUCAUCGUAGAAUUGAUCUGCAGUACCAAAAUGUGUAGACAGUGUAUUUCCGUUGCUUCAGUUAAAUUGAGUACGUUAAGAGGAAGUCUAGAUGCCACAGGGCAAACUAAGACUUCUAAAGAGGAAGGUUAAAUUCAAAACUAAAACGUUUUAAUGUUUAAGAAUGUAAUGUGGUAUGAGAUUACUUCUUUUGUUGUUAAAUAUUUAUAGAAUAUCUAAUCAAUGAAUGCGAAUAUCCAAACUCUUUGAACGAGUGUCAAAAAAAAUUAUUAAGAACUAACAAAGCCAACGAAUGGAUUAUUAAUCUUUUUCUGGUGCGUUGAGUAGAUUAAUUUGACCUCUUAGAUCAGACAAUCUUUCAUAACAAGAACUCUUGCAUCAGUUGCUUUUUUAUCACUUAAAUUAUUGGAUUAGUCAUUAUUCUUAAUACAUUUGCUUUUAAUGUUAAUAAAGGAGAAAAUAUCUUUCGUUUU